AUGGCUCCUCUGGUGCAGUCCCUUCUGCUGGCAGUUGCCGCGUUGAUGAGCCUUGUAGCAGCUGACAAUGCCACCUGCUAUAACCUGUUCGGACAAGCGGACGAUAGCCUUCGACCAUGUGGUCCCAACGCAGAUGUGAGCGCCUGCUGCCGUAAAGACGACAUUUGCCUUAGCAGCGGCUUGUGCAUGUCCACCGCCAGUUCGUGGGCUGGCUUCAUCUGGGCAAAUGGUUGUACGGACGCCACGCACGCCGACAAAGCCUGCCCCAGCCAGUGCCAAUCCAAAACCUCCGUCAACACCUCCAGCUCCUUCAACGUCCUGCAAUGCACCUUUCCUUUCUCCAACGGGACCGAGCAACGCGACCCGCAAUGGUGCUGCCGCUCCGCCACCGACUACGACAAUUGCUGCUCCGACCCAACCCUGACUUUCAACGAUACCCAAAACAUCGGCAUCUUUCUGACCCCGGGCAGCACCAAAGCUAUCAACCCAGCCGACGCCUACAUCCCCGCCGCUGACUGCGCCUCUACCAAUACCAGUUCCUCAAAUACGACAGCCGAGCAACCCUCCUGUCCAGCCGACCACACGGCAGCUGUAGGCGGUGCCGUUGGCGGUGUGCUGGGAGCGGCGCUCCUCGGCGCCCUGGCGACUAUUUUCCUGCUAUUGCGGAACCGCAAGGCUCUGCGAGGCCAGGUAACCGCCGUGGGCGCCCAACGCGACGACGCCCUCAAGCAGGUUUCGGACGAGAAAUCGGUGUUGGCCCAGUUGCAAGCGCAGCAGCAGCAGCAGCAGCAGCAGCAGCAGCGAUUCAGCGCGGGUGGCAUGGGUCAGGGCCAGGGACAGGGUCCGAUGAUGGGAUAUCAGCAGAGCGGGGCGUUUGACCAUGGUCAGAUGGGCCAAGGGCAAGGGCAACCGCCGGCGCCGGGAUAUGGGAAUGGGCAUAUCUAUAACCAAUACUCAGAGAAUGGGAGUUUUGCGGGAACGAGUCCAAUGGGUCCGCCGCCGCCAGCGGAGAUGAGCGCGACCAAGUAUGCGGAGAUGGAUGGGAGUGGGACGCCGAUGGAGCUGAGUGUGCAGGAGGUGCAGCCAACGCCAGAAGCGAGCCGGAGUGGUGGGAGUUUGGGGAGUAAGGUCAGCGACUGA